ACGAAAAGUCAAAUCGACGACCAAACCACACGGAAGAGAGAAAGAGAGAGAGAGUCUUUUGGAGUUUAUGGUGUUCAACAGUGCGGCGGUUGUGGCGAUCGCCGACGUCUCAACUGAGACAUGGCAGGUGAUGUGGAGGAUACCGACGUCGCAGAGGAUCAACACAAGGCAGCUUGUGGACAUGGCGGUUUGCUAUCCGAUGUAUCAGUUGAGUCGUUUGGUUCUAUGUUUAUGGACUUUUAUGUGUCUCCCUCCUGAUGAUUCCUUCUACUCUUACACCUACCACGAAUCUCAAUCCGCUUCUUCUUCUUUGUCUGAUGAUGCUGAUGAUGAAGAUCGACUUGCUUUUGAACAUAAUCUCUAUAAUCACCAUCAUCAUGUUUAUGAUGAUUCUGAUGAUGAUGAUGGUGAUGAUCGAUCUUCUUCUUCUUCUUCGUAUGAUGAUGACUAUUACAAUCACUACUCCCAUUAUGAUUGACUUUUCUGAGCUGGUUGAUUAGGUUGUUAUGAUGCUCUGUUUAUUGAGAAAAGUUUAUAAUCUUUUUUUAUGUUCAAUUACAAAGGUCAAUAAAGUUUACAAAUUUCAGUUUCAUGUUGUUCUUCUUUUGAGCAAUGGUUGUGUUCUUUCCAUGUGCUAAUUAAUAUAUUGAUUUCGUGUUAGAUGUCUCAGAAAAGAGUUGAUUUUUUUUUUUUUUUUUUACGUCUAGUGUUGAUUCUUCAUUUCCUAUUAAGACCACAAAGUGAUCGUUUCUGGACAGUGAGAUUGUGGUCAUUUAAUCCAGUUGCCUAGGUUUCUCAGAUCACAAGUCUUGAAUGCAUGGUAGAUGGGUGGGAACUUGUGUGGUUUCAAGGACGAUUCUUUUUUGUUUUUUGGAUUGAUUUGUCAGCAGAAAAUUUUCUUUAUUGCCAAAAAAAAUACAUGCUUUUUGCUGCAUCUCGAGUGAUUGAGCUGAGAUUCUUGACCCAUGUGAUGAAUUGGUUGUUCACCUACAGAGAAAUAGAGUUGUUUAGUAGUAGUUUAUAAACACAU